GGUCAUUUUAAAUUAGAAAAAUAACACUUUUUGACCCCAAAAAAUAAGAAAAUGCCUUUCACUGUUCGUCCCUCAGAGUCUCAGAGAGGAAUAGAGAUAUUUUCAGGUAAACCAAAAUUCUCGAGAAACAAACAGAAAUCUCCAAAAUUACAGAAAGAAAACAGUUUUCAUUGUUUUCUCCAUGUUUUUCUCUUACAUUAACCAUUCUUCAUCAAUCAUUAUCCUUCUUGUUUCUUUCUUUUUCACCUUAAUUCUCAUAUCUUCACAAAUCCGUCAACCCCUUUUCUCUCGCUUUUUCUUCCCUAACAAAACAAAAAUUAACACCAACCCAGAUAAUUCUCAACACACACACACAAAAAAAAAAAUCUUUAAAAUAGGAAAAAAAGGAACUUUUCAAAAAUUACCCACCAAAAUCAACCUUCCAACUUUGCAUUUUACGUUUAGAAAACCAUGAUUUCCCAUUAUCUUUCAAACCCAAAAAAACAAACAGUUUUUCCCCCUUUUUCUCGUAAUUUCCGAUGAUGUUUUGCCGUCGCGGCGGUAGUUGCUAACGUGCGCCGAUUAGAUAACGUCGUGUGGGGUCAGAUUCAAAACGGAAUUUUUUUUACGGGGUGUGACAUUAUUUUUUGUCGAGAAAUUAUCUGAGCCGUACACGUGGAGGUUGUGGAUUUUGAGCGGUUAGGAUGGAGGAGGAAACAAUGGGGGUGGGGCCCAAGUGGGGUACGUGGGAAGAGCUUAUACUUGGUAGCGCUGUUCGUCGGUAUGGGAUUAGAGAUUGGAACGUCGUCGCUUCGGAGCUACGUGCAAGGACUAUAAAUCCUUACUGCUUUACCCCUGAGGCCUGCAAAACCAGGUAUGAGGAGUUACGUAAGCGCUACUCUGGAUGCACUGCUUGGUUUGAAGAGUUACGAAAGCGACGAGUUGAAGAACUGAAGCGGGAAUUGGUGAGAUCUGAGAGCUCCAUUGGGUCUCUUGAGUCAAAGAUUAAAAGCCUAAAGGCCGAGAGAGAACGGUCUGGUCAGAUAGACUACGGUUUGAGUCACACUGAAUCUCCUACUCCUCUGACAAAAUCAGAAGAUAUUGAGUCUUCUGUGAAAGAAGAAGCAAAGGAUGGAUUGUCUGCUGGCAGUUUCACACUAGAUAUUAGAACAAACCAGUCCCCUGAGUCUCAGGUUCCCGCCAUACCCUCAGCUACAGAGACGGUUGUCAAGCUAGAACGUUCCGAAUCUUGGGAACGGGACAAAGUUCCAAGUACAAGCAAGGUUACAGAAGCUUUCAAUGGAAAUGGAGGGGCUGUGAGGAAGAGAAGAGGUAAGAGGAGAAGAAAAGACACCGUUUGGGAUGCCAAAGAAGGGAGCAUCGAGGAGAGCGAUAACGUAUGUUCAACGAGUCUCGCCUCCACUUCUCACUGUAAAGAAGCAUUAACCAGUUGUGAUCAGAGUAUUAGGCAUUCUGCUGUAAGCGAUCAUAGGGGAGGUUUAUCUAGGUUUAGGAACGAUGACUUGAUGAGGAUUUUCAAUUCUAUCACACAGCACGAAGCUGCUAUGGUCUUUAGGCAUCGUCUUGAUAGUCAGAAGAGAGCAAGGUACAAGAAAAUGAUAAGGCGACAUAUGGAUAUCGAGACAGUUAGAUCAAGACUAGCCAACUGGUCCAUCAAAACACCAGGUGAACUCUUCAGAGAUUUCCUUCUACUAGCCAACAAUGCCAUGGUAUUUUACUCGAAGAGAACGAGAGAAUACAAAGCAGCAACGGCCCUAAGAGAUAUUGUCACUAAAGCAUAUCGGGAACAUUACAAAGGAUCUUACCACAAAGCUACAUCGUCCCUCCUUCCAUUUCCAACAAUUGGUAAUCCACCUGGGAAACCACGAAGUGUUCGCCCUCGCCCUUCAAAAGACAAACUUCAAGCCAAGUAUGGCAACUAUGUGAAAGACAUUAUUGCUGGAAAACAGAAUCAUAAACCAGGUGAUGUUGAUUCUAAGGUACCAUUGCAAUCUUUAAUAUCAGCUAAGAAGGGCUUCAAGAAGCCUGGAAAAAUCAAGUGUGGAUCGACUAUUGAGACUGUUAAUCCACAAACUAAAGUACCAGCUAAGGAAUCCACACAACACAAUAUUAAGGUUAAGAAGGACCAUCGAAUUAAGCCUGUAACCAAAGAGAGGAAAAGGGCUCGGCAAAAGUGAUUUGGUUAGUGUCCUAGGUUAAUUUAUAUUUCCUUCUUCUUCUUUUUUUUUGGUAUAGAAGUUUUCUCUGUAUAAUCUUUCUAUUUUCUGUGGCCAUUUUGCCACUAGGCUUCAUCUUGAAAGAGGAGAAAUGCAGGUGUAAUAUAAUACUCUAAUGAAGUUGUGGAUAAUCAGCUGCAAAUUUUGUUUCCCCUUCA